UCAGGCUCAGCAUCACUGCUCUAAGCAGCCAGCAGAGCCAUUUUGGCUUCUGUGUUACAGAGUACACACAGUACUCUCCUCACCCAGCCUCUCCCGGAUCAAGCAGGCCUCACCGGGAACAGAGAAUACCCCCUCCCCUUAUCCCCCGUGGACCAUCUCUAAGUGGGGAGUGAGGACAAGGGGGACAUUCUCUGAUUAUCUGAGACAGAGGCUUUUAAAGCCAGACAAAGAGGCACUACUGGCAGCAAAUCAACCAGUUCGCUGUGUAGAUACCAGCUUAGGAAGCCAGAGAAGCUGCGCUGUAAAAGACGAACGCUCGGCUGUUUGGCGAAAGUCCAGGUGUCGUGAGGUCUGUCCUAAACCCGAACGCAUCCGCCCGCCGCCGUGUUUUCCAGAAAGGUGACGACAGAGCUGGAACAUUUCAGAUGAGGAUCUGUCCAGUCAGGGUGUGAAGGUUUCUCUGGACAGUACGCAGUGGAACCUGUAAAGAGGCACGAUGGCAGGGGCCUCGGUGAAGGUGGCGGUGCGUGUCCGCCCCUUCAACUCACGGGAGAUGAGCAAAGAGAGCAAGUGUAUUAUCCAGAUGUCAGGAAACACAACCACGAUCCUCAACCCAAAAGUACCCAAAGAGACCAAAAGCUUCAACUUUGAUUAUUCCUACUGGUCACACACCUCGCCAGAGGACAUCAACUAUGCCUCUCAGCAGCAGGUGUACAGAGACAUUGGGGAGGAAAUGUUACUCCAUGCCUUCGAGGGCUACAAUGUUUGCAUCUUUGCAUAUGGCCAGACAGGUGCAGGCAAAUCAUAUACGAUGAUGGGCAAACAAGAAAAGGACCAGCAAGGAAUCAUUCCACUGCUGUGUGAAGACCUUUUCACCAAGAUUAAUGACAGCAAUAAUGACAACAGCAUGUCUUACUCUGUAGAGGUCAGUUAUAUGGAGAUUUACUGUGAGCGCGUGCGAGACCUCCUGAACCCCAAAAACAAAGGCAACCUCCGUGUAAGAGAGCAUCCAUUAUUGGGCCCGUAUGUGGAAGAUCUAUCAAAACUUGCUGUCACGUCAUACAACGAUAUUCAAGACCUGAUGGACUCAGGAAAUAAGGCCAGGACGGUGGCUGCCACCAACAUGAACGAAACAAGCAGUCGCUCACACGCUGUGUUCAACAUCAUCUUCACCCAGCAGCGCCAUGAUGCUGAGACAGACAACACCUCUGAGAAGGUCAGCAAAAUCAGCCUGGUGGAUUUAGCCGGGAGUGAGAGAGCCGAUUCCACUGGAGCCAAAGGCACUCGGCUCAAGGAAGGAGCAAACAUUAAUAAAUCCCUCACCACCCUGGGCAAAGUCAUUUCAGCUCUGGCUGAGGUGGAUUCGGGAUCAAACAAGAACAAGAAGAAAAAGAAGGUGGAAAGUUUCAUCCCCUACAGAGAUUCUGUGCUGACCUGGUUACUAAGAGAAAAUCUUGGUGGAAACUCUCGCACUGCAAUGGUUGCUGCCCUGAGUCCCGCAGACAUCAACUAUGAUGAGACCCUCAGUACUCUAAGGUAUGCAGACAGAGCCAAGCAGAUCCGCUGCAAUGCUGUUAUUAACGAGGACCCGAACAACCGGCUAGUGCGGGAGCUGAAGGAGGAGGUGUCUCGUCUGAAGGAGCUCCUGUGUGCCCAGGGCUUGGGUGACAUCAUAGAGACAUAUCAAGGUCCAGUUGAUGACAACUCUGGUUUGAAAUACUUAUCCGAUUACAAGAACAAUAACAAUACUGGCCAAGCUGUCAAUCAAAGGGGUGAUCUCUCCACAGUGACCAAUGCCAUGACGGGGAUGAGUCCCUCCCCCUCUCUCUCCGCUCUGUCCAGCCGGGCUGGAUCCAUCAGCAGUCUGCGUGACCACAUCAUGUUCAGUCCUGGGAGUGAGGAGGCCAUUGAGCGACUCAAGGAAACAGAGAAAAUCAUUGCAGAGCUCAAUGAAACGUGGGAGGAGAAGCUUCGACGUACAGAGGCUAUCAGGAUGGAAAGAGAGGCCCUGCUUGCUGAGAUGGGUGUGGCCAUCAGAGAAGAUGGAGGCACUGUUGGCGUCUUUUCACCCAAGAAGACUCCACAUCUGGUGAAUUUGAAUGAAGAUCCUCUAAUGUCUGAGUGCCUUCUCUACUACAUCAAAGACGGAAUCACCAGGGUUGGAAGAGAAGAUGCAAUGACAAGGCAGGACAUUGUCCUCAGUGGCCACUUUAUAAAGGAUGAACAUUGUAUUUUCACUAGCACAACAGGGCCUAUGGGAGAAGCAGUGAUUUUGGAGCCAUGUGAAGGAGCUGAGACCUACGUCAACGGGAAGAAAGUGACAGAGCCCACUAUCCUCAGAUCAGGGAACCGUAUCAUCAUGGGCAAGAGUCAUGUGUUCCGCUUCAACCACCCGGAGCAGGCGAGGCAGGAGCGGGAGCGGACACCCUGCGCAGAAACCCCUGCCGAGCCCGUGGACUGGGCCUUUGCACAGAGAGAGCUGCUUGAGAAACAGGGCAUCGAUAUGAAACAGGAGAUGGAUCAGAGGCUUCAGGAGCUGGAGGAUCAGUACCGCAGAGAGAGGGCGGAGGCCAAUAAUCUUUUGGAACAGCAGAGACUAGAUUAUGAAAGCCGGUUGGAAGCCCUGCAGAAGCAGGUCGAUCGUUGUUACCCUGAAGCAGCAGAGGAAGAGGAGGAACCUGAGGAGGAAGUGCAAUGGACAGAGAGGGAGACUGAGCUGGCUCUGUGGGCAUUCAGAAAGUGGAGGUGUUAUCAGUUCACCUCCCUCAGAGACCUUCUCUGGGGUAAUGCUAUCUUCCUCAAAGAGGCCAAUGCAAUUAGCGUGGAGCUCAAGAAGAAGGUGCAGUUCCAGUUUGUGCUUUUGACUGACACACUUUACUCUCCACUGCCCCCUGACCUGCUGCCACCUGAGGCAACUAAAGAUCGUGAGAAAAGUCCAUUCCCCCGCACCAUUGUGGCUGUAGAGGUGCAGGACCAGAAAAAUGGAGCCACACAUUACUGGACCCUGGAGAAACUCAGGCAGCGUUUGGACCUGAUGCGGGAGAUGUAUGACCGUGCUGCAGAAGUACCCAGCAGUGCUAUAGAAGACUGUGACAGCGUGCUGACAGGCGGCGACCCUUUCUAUGACCGUUUCCCCUGGUUCCGUCUCGUUGGAAGCAACCCCCUAUUCACCUCAUGCCUUAGUGAGCAAGCGAAUGACCGCAUGGCUUCCCCUGACCUCUCCGAACCCACCACCACCUCCGAAGUCACUGAGCUGGUCCAGUCACGGCUCCGUGGAGGGGUGGGGGCGGAGUUGGAGGACUGCAGCGAUGAUCUUUUGUCCGAUGACCUGUGCUCCGAGCUCGGCGACGAAGACGAUGAGGAUGAAGAUUUUGAGGAUGAUGAGAGGGGUCUUUGCCAAAGCUCCGGCGAGGCGGAGGACCCCUUUUACGAGCGCUCUCCUUUGUUCAGUGUAGUGGGAAGGGCCUUUGUAUAUCUGAGCAAUCUGCUGUAUCCUGUGCCGUUGGUACAUCGAGUAGCCAUUGUCAGCGAGAAGGGAGAGGUCAAGGGUUUUCUGCGAGUAGCUGUGCAGGCAAUAUCAGGCUCUCUGGUUUUUCCUCCAGCUGAUGAGGAAGCACCUGAUUAUGGCUCCGGUGUACGACAAUCCGGAACCGCCAAGAUAUCCUUUGAGGACCAGCAGUUUGAGAAGUUCCAGGCAGACUCCUGCCCUGCCACUCUGUCGCGCACUGGACUCUCUCAGGAGGAGUUGCGCAUUGUGGAGGGUGAGGGGCAGAAUGCAGAUGUGGUGCCUUCUGCAGAUGAAGUCAACAAUAACACUUGUGCAGCCAACCCAGAAGACCUGGACAGCCCAGUUAAGUCAGGUUUGGAUGGUGUUCUGGAUGGAACUCUGGAGCACCUGAAGAUUGGCGAGGUUUUCACAUUCAGAGUCACUGUGCUCCAAGCUUCCAGCAUUUCUGCAGAGUAUGCAGACAUCUUCUGCCAAUUCAAUUUUAUCCAUCGGCAUGAUGAGGCAUUUUCCACAGAACCGUUGAAGAACACUGGACGAGGUCCACCUCUGGGCUUCUAUCAUGUGCAGAAUAUUGCUGUGGAGGUUACCAAGUCUUUUGUGGAGUACAUAAAGACACAGCCUAUUGUGUUUGAGGUGUUUGGACACUAUCAGAAGCAGCCUUUCCCUGCUCUGUGCAAGGACCUUAUCAGCCCAUUGCGUCCAUGCAGAAGACAGUUCCCAAGAGUCAUGCCUCUGUCCAAACCAGUACCUGCUACAAAGUUGACAACCCUCACACGACCCACCGCAGGACCCUGCCACUGUAAAUAUGACCUGAUGGUAUUCUUUGAGAUUUGUGAGCUGGAGGCCAAUGGAGACUAUGUCCCUGCUGCAGUCGAUCAUAGAGGUGGAAUGCCCUGCCAUGGCACUUUCCUUUUACACCAGGGAAUCCAAAGGAGAGUGACUGUGACUAUUGUGCAUGAGACCGGGAGUGACAUUCAGUGGAAAGAAGUUCGUGAGCUGGUUGUAGGCCGCAUCCGGAACACGCCUGAAGCAGAUGAGAGCAUUAUUGACCCCAACAUUCUCUCCCUCAAUAUUCUGUCUGCUGGAAACAUCCGCCCAGCCCCAGAUGACAGACAGUUUCUUGAUUCGGACAUGCCUAGGACGUUCUACCGUUUUGAGGCUGCCUGGGAUUCAUCCAUGCACAAUUCACUCCUGCUGAACCGUGUGACUCCAUAUGGGGAGAAAAUCUACAUGACUCUCUCUGCUUACCUGGAGAUGGAGAACUGUACGCAGCCUGCAGUUAUAACCAAAGACUUCUGCAUGGUGUUCUACUCACGGGAUGCCAAGCUCUCAGCAUCACGCUCUAUCAGAAACCUCUUCAGCAGUGGAAGCCUGAGGCCAUCUGAGGGAAACCGAGUUACUGGAGUGUAUGAGCUUAGUUUGUGCCAUCUGGCAGAUGCAGGCAGCCCAGGGAUGCAGAGGAGACGCAGGCGGGUGCUGGAUACAUCAGUGGCAUAUGUGCGAGGGGAGGAGAACCUGGCAGGUUGGAGGCCUCGCAGUGACAGCCUCAUCCUGGACCACCAGUGGGAGCUGGAGAAGCUCAGCCUCCUGCAGGAGGUGGAGAAAACCCGACACUACCUCCUCCUGAGGGAGAAACUGGAGUCCACCCUGCUGCUGGGCCAGGAGCCGCUGCUGUCCUGCGUGAAUGAAGAUCCCGCCGAGUCCUCUUCCCCCGCGGCCCACCCAGGGUUGAGCCACAGCCCUGAGACUACACCUAGACCAGACACCCCCAAUGAGAGGCAGCGUGAACUCGCCGCCAAGUGUUUGCGUCUGCUCACCCACACCUUCAACAGAGACUACAGCCAUGUGUGUGUGAGUGCAAGUGAGAGCAAGCUGAGUGAAAUGUCUGUAACUCUGAUGAGAGACCCCUCAGCCACAGCUCUCAAUACCCUCACACCUUCCUCCACCUGUCCCUCACUGGUGGAAGGUCGCUAUGGCAGCAACACUGAACUCAGACCCCCAACACCUCGCUCCCGUGCUAUCAGCCCUAGUCCAGACUCUGCACCUGAGGUAGAGGGCAAGAAAUCCCCCAGCGGAGCCCCGGAGUCCAAACCGAGGGUCCACACAUUUGUCCCUGACAUUCAGGAGAUCCGUGUCAGCCCCAUUGUGUCAAAGAAGGGCUAUCUGCACUUCCUAGAGCCCCACACUAAUGGGUGGGUGAAGCGUUACGUGGUGGUGCGCAGGCCGUACGUCUACAUCUACAAUUCAGAGAGAGAGACAGUGGAGAGAGCCAUCCUCAACCUGUCUUCUGCUCAAGUGGAGUACAGCGAGGAUCAGCAGGCUAUGCUGAAGACUCCCUACACAUUUGCAGUGUGCACAGAGCAUCGUGGGAUACUGCUCCAAGCCAGUAAUGACAAAGAGAUGCACGACUGGCUCUAUGCUUUCAACCCUCUCCUUGCUGGAUCUAUCAGGUCUAAACUUUCCAGAAGAAGAGCAGGUCAGAUGAGGCUUUGAGGGGAUCGCACACAUAUACCUGCAGUACUGCUGUCUAAGAAGAGGACAAAACCCACAAAAGCAAAAGACUAUCCUUGUAAAUAGAGCUCCUGAAUCUCUGGUUCCUGUGCUCAGUCUGGUCUCUAACCCUCAACACCCUUUGCUCUUCCUGUGUGUACCUGCACUCACCCUGUCUAGCACUAAGCACCUGUGUACUAAUGGCUCCAAUCGUGUGUCUGCAGGGGCCUGGAUACUCUCACUUCACUACUUCAAAUAGCAGUGGAGAAUAGAAGCGUUUGCUUAAUUUCAUCAUAAAUGCUUAUAUAGUGAUUAAUGCUCCAGAGCAAAUGAAACAGGAGAGGUGUUGGUGACGCUUCCAAAGCUGUCUGUUCAUGAGAAACAUGGUUUAACUGGAUUUGUUGUAAUGAGAAAGGUAAUACACGUACCCAGCAGGCUGUGCCUGGUCUAGAGUUUGGAGAAAGAAAAAGAAAAUUCAGAUAUUGCUGUCACAUUGCCUUAUUGUGUUAUUUAUUCAUGUGAGAGUCUACAGGAUUACAACUUUCAAACUGGUCAGUAUUUAAGUCAGUAAACCAUGUGUUUUUGUCAGCUGAUAGAACUGCUCAAAAACUAGUGACACUCCUCAAAGGAACAGAUUCAUCCUAGCUAGUGCAGAUUUUGGCCAGUGUAGAGGUACCCAUAAAUAUUUAUAUAACUUUAUUGUAUUUCCCAUAAAGAACAAUCUGGACCAAUUAGAAAAUGUCUGGAAAAAGUGAUGAGUGAUUUCCUCAUAGCUAUGUGUAAAGCAAACAUGGGUAGAUGUUUGAACAGAGCUGGACAGUCCUUUUGAGUCAUGCUGGAGUCGUACCUGAAAAUGUAACAUAAUCCAGUCUAAUAUUUUCUAGAAGGAACAAGGUGUCCCUUAAUGAUCUUAUCUAUGGUUGAUUUACUUUAUAUUAAAAAUCUUAUGGAGUUAGGUAUUUAUUUAACAUGCAUUUAUUUAUUUCAUUGUGUAUUUAUUGAUGAAAAACAUUUUGAAGUUUAGUGCAAUCUCUGCAUAAAGCACUUUUUAUCAUGAGUUUAACUAACCUCUUACCUAUGUAUGUUGCUACUCUCCCUGCUCAACCACUUUCAAGGAAAUAGGACAGGAGUUGAUGCUGGGACAGCUGCUACUAGAUGUAGAUUACUUGAAUUUUUCAUUUAUUUUGAAUGGUUGAAAUCAAGGAAAAGGCCUAUUUGUGAGAUCAGUUGUCUAAAAGAUAGAGGAUCAUUACCCAGAACACUUAAACAUAAAGUCUGUAUAAUCUCCAAUGUUAAAAGCAGGUUUUGUGGUUUAAAGGUAUAGUAUUUUGUACAAGCUCCCCAGGUUUGGAAAUAGGAUAUGAUUUGAGUGCCUCUUCUUUAAGCAUAUCUACUGUACACCUGUUACUUUUUAAUAUUCUCAUCUUCAUUCUCAUUUGCUGCUUUUACAGUGCGGUUAUCUCUUCUCCAAUCAGCCCAUUAGCCUCUCUUCACUCUCACAGGCAUAUUUACACUGUUCUGGAGUUGUAAAUUGAGUUUACAUGUUAUGCAUUUAGUGCAAAGUCAUAUUAGUGAUUUUUCUAAGCAUAUGUAGUGAUGUUUCUACUCCUUGUCCACACGAAUCGACUCAUUUACAAAAUGUUUUUGGCUCCCACUUGGAGAUGGAGCUAAUGUACAGUGUUUGUGAUGCACUAUAUAUUGGAUCUAAACACACAGAGAAAAACUUGUUCAGUCCCAAGAUCCCUGUUCAAAACAUCAAAUUACCUCAUAUUUCCCUCAGUUUAGAUACUCUUGCGGUGGCACUUAGAGACUGAGUUUAGAGGCUGCACUACUGCGUUUUAAUAGCACUCAUAGGUUUAAUAAUUAGGCUCUCAUUAUCGGUAUGCGUGUGAUGUAACCGUUGACUUAAUGCUUUACGAGGUGUGCAAACUCAACGGCUUCGUGUCUGUGAUGUUACUGAAACGCCACCGUUUGUGUAAGAGUGAAAAUCCAUGUCCACAUUGCCUCACUGCGAGUGUUGGUUAACUGUAGCUUCGUCGUGGCCAAGUUAAAUUUCCAAGCAUGUUCAGCACCACUGAUUUGCGCUGUUGUGGUUGGUCGUACUCACUCGCCUUUUCAUGAUAUUUUACCCAUUUGUUGAUUCGAUGCUGAGUUUGUUUAGACAGAGAGACUUAGGAAUUAGGCUAGGGGGGUGUUUUGUUGCCCUGACCUUGACUUGGGUAGUCACUGGAGCAGAGGCCCCCUAUCCCUGUUUGCUAUAGCCAAGCCAGAUGGACUGUGAUGUGGAGUGAGAUGAUUAGUGGAUUCCCUGGGCUGCCCUUUGGGACAGAUACAAGCAUGAAAGAGGCCAGCUAACCUCCAGAGCAUGCUCAGUAAGACCCAGGGAUUCUGGCAGUCUGUGACAACAGUUGGUCAGAGAUUUGAGUAUUGAGGUUAAAUGUAUACAUCUAUCACUUUAGGUUCUUCUAUAGAUUCAUUUGUAGUAGGGCUGCACAAUAUGGACAAGAAUAUAUUGUAAUUAUGUGAAUAUAUACUGCGAUUGUGAUCUGGUGAUUCAAUAUACAAAUUAACCUAUAAUGCAAGAUAGUUUGCGAUUGGUCUGCAUCAUGUUGACUAAAAUUAUUCUCAUUUCUUUGAUCAUGUGAAUAAUUCGGCUCAUCACACCAGUAGAAAAUUAUCUGGAUCAUCCAACAUUGCUCAAAAUUCUCACUGUAAACAAUAACAGUCAGUGAUUGGUUGGUCAUUGAUUUCCAGGCUUUGUGAUAUUAAUACAGAAACAAUAUAUUAUGCAGCCUUAAUUACUAGUUUAUUCCUUUAGCUAAACACUUUAUAUACUAUCUGACCAAUCAUUUGAGCCACUUGGACAUAUCAGGGCUACUUAAUAUAAUAUUAUCCACGGUUCACUAUGGAAAUGCACUCUUUGCAGUGAGCAUUAACUAUGUGCAGCCCUCUUUAACAGUUAGUUUCAGAUGAAAAGUUUUUCCAAGCUGUCUGUGUAUUGGUCAACAUUUGUGCAUGAAAUUUGAUUGCAGGGUCAUCUGAUCCAUUCACAUAUCUCAAGAAAAAAAAACAAAGGUAGAACAGCCGUGUUACUGCACAUCUGAAAAGAUAUCAAAGAAAUUACUUUUGUGUGUACUUGUAUGCAAGAGUUGUCUUUAGUCUGUGCUCCUUUUUGAAAAUGUUGUCGAACGUGUGUUGGAUGAGAUUUCUAGCCCAUAUCAACUCAACAAGGACCAGAUAUUCAUUCUACUGUCAUUUACGCCUAUAAUGAAAACCAUUCAGCAUCACAUAGCUUACAUACAGCAGCCUCCACGAGAAAAAAAGAACAAAGAAAUCGUUUCUUUUCAUCAUUAUUCAUAUUCAUUUCUGUGCUUCCAUUUUCAUCGUAUGCACAAACUCCAUUCCCUGGCAUUUUUCUAUCUUUUCCUCUCAGUUUACUUUGCAUUGUACAUAAACAAGAUUGCUGUGAAUGGUGUAAUAUGCAGCUGUUACCAUCUUAAAUGGGCAGUAGUUUAAUGUCUCUUUUGAGUGUUGGAGUUAUGAGUCAAAAUGUUUGUGUAGCCUACACCUUAACACAUGUCUGAUAUAAAAUAAAUGUGGAACUUAUGCAACACUA